CCCCGACGUCAAGUUCAAUCGCUGCAUCACCUCCCAGCUGAUCAAGUGGUUCAGUAACUUCCGGGAGUUCUUCUACAUCCAGAUGGAGAAGUUUGCGCGGCAGGCGGCGGGCGAGGGCGUGGCCAGCCCCGACAAGCUGAGCAUGAGCCGCGACUCCGAGCUCUUCCGCAUCCUCAACCUGCACUACAACAAGGCCAACGACUUCGAGGUGCCCAGCCGAUUCCUGGAGGUGGCGGAGGUCACGCUGCGCGAGUUCUUCAGCGCCAUCCGCGGCGGGCGGGACGGGGACCCGUCCUGGAAGAAGGGCAUCUACAAGGUCAUCUGCAAGCUGGACAGCGAGAUCCCCGAGGCCUUCAAAUCGCCCGGCUGCCCCCAGGAGCUCGGCCGGGAGUGACCGGCCUACCGCCCGCCCCCUCCAGGAAGUGGACCGACCCUCCAGCAACCCCGUAAAAAAAAAAAUAAACACCCCCCCCCCUUCUCCAAAAAUACCUCUGCAAGGCCAAUUAGACCAACCACUUCUCCUCAGGUCAUCGGGACACCCCGAGACACUGAAAGUGCACAACUGCCCUCGAGCAUCAGCAUUGGGGAACCCCCUCUUUGACUCCGAAGUCUCCCCCCCCCAGGUCCCGAGCAACUCUGCCCUGCAGGAAUGGCACCAGCGAGCCGGACGCUGUCAUGAAGACACAGGGGGUGGUGGGCGAUAGUGCACAAAACACAUUUAUCACGUCGACCUCACAAGUGUGAUACCCACACUCACCACUGGGUGGCAGCAUGGAGCUCUGGGUCAGAUCCCAGGGGGGGUGGGGGACUCUGCAGUGGGGUUGGCGUGGUAACUGACGGGAUGUUCAAUAUGUGGGGGGGGGGGCCUGUAUUAUACACGUGGCUGCCCGGGAUCGGUGUCCUUACCCACGCUGCGGUUCCGGAUGGCGCGUUCCUCCGAUCUCCGGCUCCCGGCGCUCCGCCGCACGCCCACGUCUGCUUGAAGCGUUUUUUUUGGCGUUUGCCAGGAUUUAAAUAAUAAAGAAUACCCAACAUUCCUUAA